AUGCAAGCACGCAAGCAAAUAAUUGCAUCAACGCAGCGCAUUGCUGCUAGUGCCCGGACCCGACCCGUCCAACCACUUACACGGGUGCUAGCUACCCAACCUUUGAGACCAACUUCUCUACGAUUGAUUCCAAGUCUUGCUAUCAGGUCAUAUGCCAAUGGCCGUCCACACCCUCCUGGUGGCACUCACCGGAUGAACAUGGGUGGUGAAGAGGAGAAGCCUGCUCUGGAACAAUUUGGUAUCGACUUGACUGCCCGAGCCAAGGAUGGAAAGCUGGAUCCAGUUAUUGGAAGAGAUGCAGAGAUUCAGCGAACCAUUCAAAUCUUGUCAAGGCGAACCAAGAAUAAUCCUGUCCUGAUCGGUAACGCGGGUACUGGAAAGACAGCAAUUCUUGAGGGUCUUGCCCUCCGUAUUGUCCGAGGUGACGUUCCUGAGAGCAUCAAGAACAAGAGGGUCAUCAGCCUUGAUCUUGGCUCUCUCAUUGCCGGCGCUAAGUUCAGAGGAGAUUUUGAAGAGAGGUUAAAGAAGGUCUUGACAGAAGUGGAACAAGCUCAUGGAGAAGUUAUCCUUUUUAUUGAUGAAUUGCACACACUCCUCGGACUUGGGAAGGCUGAAGGCUCGAUUGAUGCCUCAAAUCUCCUGAAGCCUGCUUUGGCCCGUGGCGAACUUCAAUGCUGUGGUGCAACAACUCUCAACGAAUACCGUCAAAUCGAGAAGGACGUUGCGCUGGCUCGACGAUUCCAACCUAUCAUUGUUAGCGAGCCCUCUGUGGAGGAUACUAUCAGUAUUCUCCGAGGUAUCAAAGACAAAUACGAAGUUCACCAUGGUGUCCGCAUUACAGAUGGCGCUUUGGUUGCUGCUGCCACAUUAUCCAACCGCUACAUCACCGAUCGAUUUCUACCAGACAAGGCUAUUGACCUCAUGGAUGAAGCAGCCAGUCAUCUCAAACUGCAGCAUGAGUCAAAGCCCGAAGAUAUAAUGCGCCUUGAUCACAAGAUCAUGACCAUCCAGAUUGAACUUGAGAGUUUGAGGAAGGAGUCAGAUAUCGCGAGUAAGGAGAGGCGUGAGAAACUUGAAAGUGACCUCAAGAAGCUCAACGAGGAAAUAUCUGAGCUCAAUGCGCGCUGGGAGAAGGAGCGCGCUGAGAUCGAAUCAGUCAAGAAGGUCCAAGAAGACCUGGAUAAAGCUAAGUUUGAGCUUGAGCAGGCACAGAGAGAAGGGAACUUCGGCCGUGCCUCUGAGCUCAGGUUUGGUGUUAUUCCCAACCUCGAGAAGAAGUUGCCCAAGGAAGGAGAGGCUAAGGAAGCAAAGCCCAGCGAUACUCUGAUCCACGACUCUGUCAGCCCCGACGAUAUCGCCAAUGUCGUCUCCCGCAUCACAGGCAUCCCUGUUUCGAAGCUGACUUCCGGACACAUAGAGAAAUUGGUCCAUAUGGAAGAUUCCCUCCGCGAAGCAGUCAAGGGCCAAGAUGAAGCCAUCAAGGCAGUUUCCAAUGCCGUCCGUCUCCAACGAGCUGGCUUGAGUGGCGAGAACAAGCCACUGGCUUCCUUCUUCUUCCUGGGCCCUACUGGUGUGGGUAAGACAGAGCUGUGCAAGAAAUUGGCGGGUUUUCUGUUCUCGACCGAAUCUGCUGUUGUUCGCUUUGACAUGUCAGAAUUCCAAGAAAAACACACCAUUUCUCGACUUAUUGGUGCACCGUCCGGUUACGUCGGCUAUGAGGACGCUGGUCAACUGACCGAAGCUGUCCGCCGUAAGCCCUAUGCUGUGCUACUCUUUGACGAGUUUGAAAAGGCACACCGCGAUAUCUCCGCCCUCCUCCUUCAGGUCCUUGAUGAGGGCUACCUCACCGAUGCCCAAGGCCACAAGGUUGAUUUCAAGAACACCAUAAUCGUUCUGACGUCGAACUUGGGCGCUGAUAUACUUGUUGGCCAAAACCACCUUCACCCUUACAGCGAGACACCCGAUGGCGAGAUCGACCCAUCAGUCCGCAAGGCUGUCAUGGAUGUUGUCGCCUCGGCUUACCCACCCGAAUUCCUUAACCGAAUCGACUCUUUCAUUGUCUUCAAGCGUCUCGCCCGCAGCGCCAUCCGUGAUAUUGUCGACAUUCGCCUGAAGGAGCUCCAGCAGCGUCUUGACGACCGCCGCAUUAUUCUUUCCGUUCCCGAUAAUGUCAGAGACUGGCUUGCGGAACGUGGUUACGACCCCAAGUUCGGUGCUCGCCCCCUGAAUCGACUCAUUACCAACGAGAUUGGCAACGGCCUCGCUGACCAGAUCAUCAAAGGGCAGCUGAAGAUGGGUGAGACCGCUGAGGUUAAGAUUCGUGAUGACAAGGAGGGCUUGGAUAUCAUCGUCAAUUCUGAGGAUGCUUGA